GCGUUUCGUUUCACUUUGUAACGGAAAGCUCAAACCAACGGUCGUGUCGUGAAAAUUGGGCAAAGCUCCGUGUGAAAACGCUGAAAUUCCUCGAACGAAAUUGAUUUGUGCGUGUGUGUGUGUCUGUGCUUGCAUUUGAUCGGAAGCAAAAAGUAUUAGAAAAUUGCAAAGUGCAUUUUGGAAAUUCACGGCCACACAUAAAAGGUUUUCCAAGUUGCCAAAAACGUUGUCUGGAAGGGAGCGCGUGUAUCUUAGUGUCAUUGUGUUUGUGCCUCUCUCUGGGUGUGUGUGUGUGUGAAAAAUCCGCCCUUAACAGCAGCCAGAGCCAGCAAGGAUCCCCGAAGCUAAGCCAAGUCAAACUUUGAAACCACGGCGCGACUUGCAGCACCCGAACGUUGAUGGCUGCCACCAAAAUCAUCGAUGCACCGCGCAACGGCCACGAGAUGGCGCCACUGAACACACGGGCACGGGGCGAUGGCACCCACGGGGUGACCAUCGUCCUGACCGCCCCGCAGCGCAACUCGGUGCAGUCGGUGGACAUACCGGGCGGAGACCCAGAGCGCGCCGCCUGGAGCGGCAAGAUGCAGUUCUUCCUCAGCAUCAUCGGCUACUCUGUGGGCCUGGGCAACAUCUGGCGCUUUCCCUACCUGUGCCAACAGAACGGCGGCGGUGCAUUCCUGAUACCGUUCAUGAUUAUGCUGAUACUGGAGGGCAUUCCGCUCUUCCUCAUCGAACUGGGCAUGGGCCAACGCAUGCGGCUGGGCGCCCUGGGUGUGUGGAACACCAUCCAUCCAUGGCUGGGCGGCAUCGGCAUUUCCUCCUGCAUCGUGACGCUCUUCGUGGCCCUCUACUACAACGUAAUCAUCACGUGGGUCUUCUUCUAUCUCUUCAACAGUUUUCGGUACCCACUGCCCUGGUCCAGCUGUCCGACCAAUGGCACUGGCUUUGUGCUUGAGGAGUGCGCCAAGUCGUCGGAGACAACGUACUUCUGGUACCGCACCACCCUGGAUGCCGCUCCGUCCAUGGACGAGCCCGGCGGCCUCAAGUGGUGGAUUGUGCUCUGCCUGAUGCUCUCCUGGACCAUUGUCUUCUUCAUCGUGAUGAAGGGCAUCCAGAGCUCCGGCAAGGUGGUCUACUUCACCUCCCUCUUCCCCUACAUCGUCCUCACCAUAUUCUUCAUCCGCGGCAUAACCCUGCGGGGCGCCGGCGCCGGUCUGAUGCACAUGUACACGCCGAAGGUGGAGAAGCUGCUGGAGCCCACGGUGUGGCUGGACGCGGCCACCCAGGUGUUCUACUCGUUCGGCCUGGCCUUUGGCUCGCUGAUAGCCUUCGGCAGCUACAACACGCCGAAGAACAACUGCGUCCGCGAUGUCCUGCUGGUGUCCGUUUGCAAUGCGGUCACCGCCAUCUACGCCAGUGUCGUCAUUUUCGCCAUUCUCGGCUUCAAGGCCACCAUGAACGUGGAUCGCUGUGUGGCAAGCAACACGGAAAUCCUGGUGAAGCAUUCGUUUCUGGAGAACAAGAAUGCGACGACUCUGGAGUACGAGCAUGCGAUGGACAGGCUGAACGAUACGGAGAAGACCCUGUUCCAGCUGAGCGAGUGCACCCUGUCCAAGGAGCUGGACAAUGCUGCCGAGGGAACGGGCCUGGCCUUCAUUGUGUUCACCCAGGCGAUUGUGGAGCUGCCGGGCGCACCCUUCUGGGCGGUGCUCUUCUUCACGAUGCUGCUGUCGCUGGGACUGGGCUCGCAGAUCGGCAUCUUGGAGGGCAUGCUGUGCACCCUCUUCGACAUAGACAUUAUCAAGCGGGUUAAGAAGCAGCACGUCACCGGCGUGGUGUGUCUAUUCUGCUUUACUGUCGGUUUCAUAUUCUGCACAGGUGCCGGGGAGUAUUGGCUCAAGAUGUUCGACUCUUUUGCCGGCACCAUUGGCCUGGUGGUGGUGGCCCUAAUGGAGAUGAUUGCCGUCAUCUUUAUCUACGGACACGAGCGCUUCACUGAGGACAUCUAUCAGAUGACUGGCUACAGACCCGGACUCUACUGGCAGCUCACAUGGCGCUACAUUGGUCCCGCCAUCAUGGUCUGCAUUCUCGCCUCGUCGGUCGUCUUUAUGGUCAUCCGAAAUCCCACAUACGGAGCCUGGAAUGCAGAAUUGGGUGUGGUGGAGCAGAAGGAAUAUCCCAGCUGGGUCAUGGGCAUUGCCCUAUCGAUGAUCCUCGCCGGCGUGCUGCCCAUGCCCAUUGUGUUCCUCAUGCGCAGCUUCCAGUGCCUGAAGGUGGACCUGGACAUACACCAGGGCUCGAUUCGACGCAAUGAGACGACCGCCUCAACCAAGGAGAUGAUUGACAAUGACGACGAUGACGAUGACGAUGAGAACGAUUUCAGCGGACCCGCCCUGGGGGGACAUGUGAAGACCCAGAGCGAUGGCGACUUCUCCGACGACGACGAGGAGGACAAGCCCAUGACCAUGCGGAUGAUGAUGAUGCGUCCAACAACAACAUCGAACGUGUUGAAUGUGCCAACAAGCAGAAAGCAAAACUACAGCAAAAAGGAUGCCUACGAUGUGUAGAGACAGUCCAGGUGUUCAGCGACAGGACACAGAACGAACACAAUGGCAAGUGAAAUAUUAAUUAAGCUGAGUGAACGAAGGAGAGGCAAGAGUCGAGAGUUGAGCAGGAACCGUGCCGAGCUGAGCGCAAACAUUUAUAAAUAUUUACUCUAAGUAUUUUAACAUAAUUUAAUGCUAAACUAAGAAACAGAAAGAAUAAACUGAAGAGUUAAUUGAAUUCGAGUUUUAGUGCGUAACUAAAAUUGUUGAAACGUAUUUAAACACACAAAUUGAAGAACUAAAUUUAAAACUAAACCCUAAACCCUAAACCCUAAACCAAACAAACCAACUAUUUACGAGUACAAUGAGCUGCUGCAGGACAAAGUUAAAGUGAAGGAGAACAGACAGGAAAGGAAAACAAUUAACCUAAAUGGGUUGCUAAAAGUUUCGAUUUGAUUAUGUAGCAUUUAGUUGGAAUGCCCAAAGCUUUACCCUUAGACAGACACUCAAGACACACAGACAAACUGAAAGUAUUUCUGGUUUCCCAGAUAACCUUACCCAAAACCACAACCCAUCCCCUCUAACCGCUCUUUAAUGGCAAACGCUUCUUAGUAGAAGAGUUUAACUCGACAUUUAGUUUAGCAGAGAUUUACCUUCUGUUAUUAUUUGGACUUCAAGUGGAGUGCAACUAUAAAUCUAAUCUAGCAACGGAGUUACACAAAAAGUUGAAUGUUAAUUCAAACCCCUAUAAGAACCUUCCGUUCGAAGCUCCAACUGCGUUGAGCGAGAGAUACAAGUACAUAAAUUAUGAAUACUUAUUGAACCCUAGCAAAGAUACAUGGAAUAUGUGAUAUUCUGAAUAAUAUCCUCGAACUUUAGUCUAAGCGAGAGACCUUAACGAUUUCACGUACGUGUUAAGACUCUUCGAUAUCCCAUGCCCCAAAACCCCAUACCCCAUGCCCCAUGCCCAAUCCCACAGACAGCCACACACCAUAUCUGUUCUCUCAACUCUAUCCACCCACGUGUAUUUUCCUAUAUUGUAACAACAGAACAAAACAAAACGAGAAAAAUAAACUGCUGUGAAUAGAUUUAGUGGUGGUUAAGCUCUACUGAAGAUGGAAGGGAAACCAUAAAGCUAAUGUUUAACUAGUUCUUAAGCGGCACAGCACACUCCACUCCACUCCACUCCAAUCCACUUCAGUUCACUCCGAGAUCCUCCUUUCUCUUGAUUCGGCAAAGAAGAAGUAAAGGCAGCAAAAGGAAUACAAAAUACAGAUAAAAGAUGAAUGAAAACUGAUCAAAAUACAAGGAAUUCGAUGUACCCAAAGUCGAAGGCAGAACACAGAACAAAACAGAUUGAGCAGGUUCAAGAUGUUGAAGACAAUAAGACAAUUCUAGAAAUAUAGAGAGAUGCGAGAGAUACAGCCCAGAGCAGAGCAGCAAAAAAACUGCUCAUAAACAUUAAAUAGAAAAUCAACUACAAAACCUUCACUUAUCCAAGCCACACAUCCUGAUAUCCUCGCAAUCGCAAUAGACACCGAAACCAAAUACCAAAUAGCAAGCCCAAGUGUAUAGUUUAAUUGUUUACUAUUGCCACUAUAUAUAAAUACAUGCAUGAACCUAUAAGUACUAUUAUACAUACAUACUUAUAUACUCUACCAUAAUUAUUGUCGUAGUGCUAAAGACCCGAGCGAAAUUGUCGCAACGGACUCGUGUAAAUUUCGAUUGUAUUAAAAGAAAACCCAAACCCAAACCCAAACACACACUGCAUAAUGAGAUGAAUUGUAAACAAUUAUUAUACCGUAUGCAGGAAAUUAUGAUUAUGAUUAAUAAAGAUAUUUCAAGAUUAGUGCGUUAAGUUGAACGAAGAGCAAGAA